ACGAGUCCACAAACUUCGUUAUAUAUAAGACCUUCUUCAGCUGAAAUCCUCCUCUCUACAGCUCACUCAUUUUGCGAACGCUCUCUGCAAUCGGCGGCGGCACAGAGAGUUCUUUGCGUGCAAGCGUUGUCUAGUUGAGCUUUUCAUUACAAAAUCCGUCAUGGGUAAAGAGAAGGUUCACAUCAACAUUGUGGUCAUUGGCCAUGUCGACUCCGGGAAAUCGACCACCACCGGUCACUUGAUCUACAAGUUGGGCGGUAUUGACAAGCGUGUGAUCGAGAGGUUCGAGAAGGAGGCUGCUGAGAUGAACAAGAGGUCAUUCAAGUACGCCUGGGUGCUCGACAAGCUCAAGGCUGAGCGUGAGCGUGGUAUCACCAUUGAUAUUGCUCUCUGGAAGUUCGAAACCACCAAAUACUACUGCACUGUCAUUGAUGCCCCCGGACAUCGUGACUUUAUCAAGAACAUGAUCACGGGAACCUCCCAGGCUGAUUGUGCUGUCCUCAUCAUCGACUCCACCACUGGUGGUUUUGAAGCUGGUAUUUCCAAGGAUGGUCAGACCCGAGAGCACGCUCUCCUUGCUUUCACCCUCGGUGUCAAGCAAAUGAUCUGUUGCUGCAACAAGAUGGAUGCUACCACACCGAAAUACUCCAAGGCUAGGUAUGAUGAAAUUGUGAAGGAAGUGUCUUCAUACCUGAAGAAGGUCGGGUACAACCCCGACAAAAUUCCCUUCGUCCCCAUCUCCGGAUUUGAGGGCGACAACAUGAUCGAGAGAUCCACCAACCUCGACUGGUACAAGGGCCCUACCCUGCUCGAGGCUCUCGACCAAGUUCAGGAGCCAAAGAGGCCAUCAGACAAGCCCCUCCGGCUCCCACUCCAGGAUGUCUACAAGAUCGGCGGUAUUGGAACUGUUCCCGUCGGCCGUGUCGAGACUGGUGUCCUCAAGCCUGGUAUGGUCGUCACAUUCGGCCCAACCGGCUUGACCACUGAAGUCAAGUCUGUUGAGAUGCACCACGAGGCCCUUCAGGAGGCUCUCCCUGGUGACAACGUCGGCUUCAAUGUUAAGAAUGUCGCAGUCAAGGAUCUCAAGCGUGGUUUCGUUGCUUCCAACUCGAAGGACGAUCCCGCCAAGGAGGCUUCCAACUUUACAUCCCAAGUCAUCAUCAUGAACCACCCUGGCCAGAUCGGCAACGGAUACGCCCCUGUCCUCGAUUGCCACACCUCUCACAUUGCUGUCAAGUUUGCCGAACUUGUCACCAAGAUCGACAGACGAUCUGGGAAAGAGCUCGAGAAGGAGCCCAAGUUCCUGAAGAACGGAGACGCUGGAAUGGUGAAGAUGAUUCCGACCAAGCCCAUGGUUGUGGAGACCUUCUCCGAGUACCCUCCUCUCGGCCGUUUUGCUGUGCGCGACAUGCGUCAAACGGUUGCUGUUGGCGUUAUCAAGAACGUGGAGAAGAAGGACCCGUCUGGUGCGAAGGUGACCAAGGCAGCUGCCAAGAAGGGUGCCAAGUGAAGAGACUGUGAGACUGUUCUUGCCCGCAACAUUUUAAGUAUGUUUUCUUUAUUUAUGCCAUCGUGAUGAUUAUGGGACAUGUUUUUGUUUUAGCUUUCUUUUUUUUCUUCAUGUUUUUGGAGACAAUGUUGAGGUACUGCAGAUGGGGUUGUUUUUUGCUGCUGCUGUCCACUGAGUUCUCUUUGAGGAUGAUGGGCGUGGCAGUGGUGGUCGACGGCACACCCACUUUGUAUGUGUCUUUAUAUUUUGUUUUGGUUUUUUAUGAUAUUCGGCCAGACUUUCGAUUUAAAA